AUGGCAAGACAAAAACAAGGAGAAGAAAGUAUUGCACAAAGUUAUAAAAUUCUAUUUUUGGGACUACCAUUGAUUGCUGCAGGAACAGGUAGUUCUCUAUCAUUGUUAAAGAUGUAUAUCAUUCCACAUUUAUUCAAUGUUUCUAUACUAAAAGGAUCAGUGGGACUUGUAGGACUCAUGGCAGUUGGAACGCUUGUAGGAAAACGCAAUGGAGUUGGAGAACAAACCUUUGGUAUAUCAUUAGGUCUGAUUCCUGUUGCCGUUGGAUAUAUUUUGGGUUCAAUGAUUGGAUCUAAUCAUCUUGGAUAUGUGGCUGGACUUAGUGCACUCUUUUUAUUGGGUGGUGCUUCAACAUUUUUGUGGAAAACGAUUGCAAAGACAUCUCAUUUGUUGAUUGGCAAUGGUUAUUUCGAUCUUUUGAAAGAGUUGCUCAGUGACGAGGGCGAAGGAAUAGAAGAAUUAUUUGGUUACAAUUGCACAUCGUUGUGGGAAGAUUUGAAGGCUGCCAUCAAAGUUGGACGAUUCGAUAUCUUUAUAUAUCUAUGUGAGAGAUUCGACAUCAAUCAGAGAAUAGAAAAGCAAGAAAGAUUAGAUUUAGCUGGAAUGUUUAGAGUUGUAAUUAAAUACAAUCGAAUGGAGAUGAUCAAAUAUUUGGUUGAGCAUGUCAACUUUGAAUGGAACUACUACGAUGGAUUUAUGAACUCCCCACUUUCAAAUUGUUUGGAAAUGGUUCAGUAUCUAUGGAAUCUAUUUGAACAAUGGCAACCGGAAGAGUAUUACAGUGCUAGCAAUGUCUUUAAUCUGGCAGCAAAGGUUGGAAGCAUAGAAAUUAUUAACUGGCUUAUAGAAAAUCACCCAGAAUACAGAGAUGAUAAUGAAAUGUUUAUGUAUGCGACUGAAUCCAAUCAAAUGGAGGUGGUACGAUAUCUCUUGAAAUUGGAUAGUCCAAGAGACCGCGAUUGUUUGCUUAAUAAUACCUAUAAAAAUUGUAUUGAUAAAGCAGCCAGGAAUAACAAUUUGGUAAUGAUGAAAUUGUUUCAUCAAAACAACUUUCCAGAUGCCUCAGAUGACUCUGUUAAAUCCUCAUUUGAAAACAACAAUUUUGAAAUGCUGAUAUGGUUAGUCGACACUUUUAUUCAAGUGGACCUUCCACAGGAUGGAAUUGAAGCGGCAACUCAAAGAAACAAUCUUGAAAUGGUUAAAUGGUUGACUGAACAUACAACUUUGCGACCAAAGAACGCCUUUGAAAUAGCUGCGGAAAUGAACCAUUUCGAAAUUCUGAAAUACCUUCACUCGAGUCGAACGGAAUCAUGUUCAACUAAUGCCAUGGAUAAGGCAGCAUCUCAAGGCCACAUCGAUAUCGUGAAGUGGUUCCAUGAGAAUCGCACAGAAGGUUGUUCUGAGGAUGCAAUUGACAGUGCUGCUUACUCAGGAUAUUUAAAUGUGAUUCAGUUUCUUCAUGAAAAUCGAACUGAAGGAUGUUCAUUUCGUGCGUUGGACAAUGCUAUAGCCAGAGGUCGUCUUGAUAUUGUUAAAUGGCUUUCAGAGAAUAGAACUGAAGCGUGUAGUGCGGAAUCAAUCGAUGACGCACUGGAAAGCGAAUAUAUUGACGUUGUUGGUUAUUUGCUUUGCAAUCGUUCAGAGUUUUCAAAGGACUUCUACAAGAUUACAGACCAAAUCAUCACUAGACUAAUCGAACACGACAAAUUUGAAGAGAUCGAUUGGAUUCUGAAUAAUCAUGAUUUCAAAUUCUACAAGUUGAUAAAAUAUCAAACAAUUCUCGAAGAUAAACAUCCAAAAUCAAUCAAAACACUGGAGAUUAUCAAUCGUCACAUUGAAAUUCAACAAAAAGAAAGAGAAGAUAUAAAGAGAAAGAAGUGA